AUGGGCUUCGCCAAGCGCAACUUUGACGAAAUUGACCGCGCUGGAAUGGGCUUCGCUAAGCGCAACUUUGAUGAAAUUGACCGCGCUGGAAUGGGCUUCGCUAAGCGCAACUUUGACGAAAUUGACCGCGCUGGAAUGGGCUUCGCUAAGCGCAACUUCGACGAAAUUGACCGUGCCGGCAUGGGCUUCGCCAAGCGCAACUUUGAUGAGAUCGACCGCGCUGGCAUGGGCUUCGCCAAGCGCAAUUUCGACGAAAUCGACCGAGCAGGUUUCGGCUUCCUCAAGAGAGCCUUCAUGCCAAGGAGCAACCUCUUCAAGCGUAACUUCGAUGAAAUUGACCGAGCUGGGUUUGGCUUCAACCGACGUAGCUCGAACUAA